GCCCAGGCCGUGCCCUCCAUGCCCGGGGGAUGAAGACAUUGCUGCCAUGGACAGCCCGUGCCAGCCGCAGUCCCUGAAUCAGUCUCUCCCUCAGUUGCCGGUGUCUUUGUCUGAGUCCUUGGAGCCCAGCCAGCCCAGGAUGGGGGUGGAGAGUUACCUGCCCAGUCCCCUGCUCCCCUCCUGCCACCGUCCAGGAGUGCCUGGUGAAGCCUCGGCAGGGAGUGGGACCCUCAGAGCCACAGCCACCUCCACCACUGCCAGUCCCCUGCGGGAGGGCUUUGGUGGGCAGGAUGGUGGCGAGCUGUGGGCACUGCAGAGUGAGGGUGCUGCAGCACUGGUCACCAAGGAGUGCCAGCGACUGGCAGCCCAGGGUGCCCAGCCUGAGGCCCCAAAACGGAAGUGGGCAGAGGAUGGUGGGGAUGCCCCUUCACCUGCCAAACGGUCUUGGGCCAGGCGAGAGAACCAGGAGGCAGAGGGGGAGGGUGGCAUGGGCAGGGGCAGCAGCAGUAGCCGUAGUGGCGAAGUGGGUGCUAGGCUGAGGGCAGAAGCCCUGCCUUCUGCACCUGAGCGCCUGGCCCUGGACUAUAUUGUGCCUUGCAUGCGGUACUACGGCAUCUGUGUCAAGGACAAUUUCUUAGGAGCAGCACUGGGUGGCCGUGUGCUGGCUGAGGUGGAGGCCCUGAGGUGGGGUGGGCGCCUGCGUGAUGGGCAGCUAGUGAGCCAACGUGCUAUCCCGCCACGUAGCAUUCGUGGGGACCAGAUUGCCUGGGUAGAAGGUCACGAGCCAGGCUGCUGGAGCAUUGGUGCCCUCAUGGCCCAUGUGGACACUGUAAUCCGCCAUUGUGCUGGGCGGCUGGGCAAUUACGUCAUCAACGGGCGCACCAAGGCCAUGGUGGCGUGUUACCCAGGCAGCGGACUGGGGUACGUGAGGCAUGUUGACAAUCCCCACGGCGAUGGGCGCUGCAUCACCUGUAUCUAUUACCUGAAUCAGAACUGGGAUGUUAAGGUGCAUGGUGGCCUGCUGCAGAUCUUCCCUGAGGGCCGGCCUGUGGUAGCCAACAUCGAGCCACUCUUUGACCGGUUGCUUAUUUUCUGGUCUGACCGAAGGAACCCUCAUGAAGUGAAGCCAGCCUAUGGCACCAGGUACGCCAUCACUGUCUGGUAUUUUGAUGCCAAGGAGCGGGCAGCAGCCAAAGACAAAUAUCAGCUAGCAUCUGGACAGAAAGGUGUCCAGGUACCUGUAUCACAGCCAACAACGCCCACCUAGUGGCCAGCCCCAGAGCUGCAUGGACCGACUGCUCACUCGACUUCAGGAGAGCCCGGGGCCCUCUCAGCAGCCUGCCAGUCUGGGUGCCUGCUCCUUUCCUGCCUCUGCUGCUGUUUCUGGCUUGCCUCUGUCCCACCUGGUGUGGACGGCUCUGGGCUUUGAUGGGGACCAAGGAGGAGAGACCUCUGC